UCGUGGACGAAUCAAUUCGUUGUCACAUCAUUGUCGUUGACGUAUAAAAACGGAAAAAUUGCAAUGCAAGACGGCGAUCCGGAUCAUAUUGCACUAAUAUCAGCGAUAAAAAAUGGAAAGUUCGACAACGCAAGUGAAAUUUUGGAGUACGAUCACGAAAAUAAAUACGUAGGUCCAUUAGGUGUUCCUCAAGUGACAGCCCUGCAGAUGGCUGCGUGGCAAGGGAACAUAGAUCUGUUGAAUCAACUCCACGAGAGAGGCGCCGAUAUAAACAGCAAAGAUAAAAUUGGUAGGUGCGCACUUUAUUAUGCGGUGUACAACGGUAAUACUGAGGUGACAGAGUGGCUUCUUGAACAUGGAGGAGACGUCAACGUCAAAAUCGGCAUCUACCUAAAAGAGAACUUCAUACCUGACUAUAUAUACAUCGCGAACAGACAAUAUUAUAGCAUGUCAAAAGGACUAUUGCCAAUACUUUACGGCGGGAAAAGAACGCCCUUGCAAUUCGCGGUGGAGAAAAAUUACGCAGACAUUGUGCGCGUUUUAGUGGAAAGCGGAGCAAAUGUGAAUGUUGAAGAUGAGUACCCGAUUAUCCCGUUGUUCUUAGCAAGAAUUUUGGUAAAUCUCAACGAUCCCAAUGAAAUGAAUAAGUUCAAUGAGAUCGUUGGGAUUCUGGUCGCCGCGAAGACGUCCAUUAAGGCUUUUCCAGAUAAUACAAAGAUCACUCGUCUGCACGUUACGGCAAUGCUACGCAGUGUAGCAGUAACGAAGAUAUUGUUAAAUGGUGUAUGGCCAUUAAAGAACUACGAAAGUAUGCUCCUUCAUUAUGCCGCGGAAUUAGGCAAUAUUGAAACACUUCUACUUGAAGCAAUAUCACCCGAGUUUGAUAAUGAUACACCUUAUACGGACAUUACGGCUCUUCAUGUAGCUGCUUUUAAUAAUCAUCGCAAGUGUGCACAAGCUUUGAUCCGUCAUGAAGCUAAUUUAGUUGCGAAAACAAAGACCGGAAUUACCGUCGUGGAUGCUAUAUUUAGUUGUAUUUCGCAACCAUUAGACUUUUUAAUAGACGUCUUAAAUUCUUGCGUAACACCAGAAUGUGACAAAAGCAUCGUGGUCAACUUCCAUAUAUUGACUCCAAGAGUUGAGACGCAAAUGGCAGUAGUCACAGCCAUUAUUGCAGCAACUUCGGAUAUGAAGCAACUGGCAAUAUUACAGCAUCCAGUUGUGGAGAUCUUUCUCAGAUUGAAGUGGAAAAAAAUAAGAAUAUUUUUUUUCCUUCUUAUAUUCAUACACACGUCCUUUAUUAUUUUUCUCUCAAACUAUGCUUUAAUGUUUGCACAAAAUGAUGCUGAUCACGUGGUGACUCGAAGAAUAGUAGCAACCUGUUCUUGUAUUCUUUUGCUUCACAAUAUAAUUCAAAUUAUAUUAGAACCAAAGUAUUAUCGCAGACAACUAGAAAUGUGGUUGUCAUUGAUAUGCGUCAUACUAUCCUUGAUAACGUCGAUAGCAGAAGAGUUCGUAAAAUGUUCAAAGGAAGAAAUCGAGUCUCGGCAUUGCAUGGAUUGGAUGCUACAUUCCAUCAGCAUCGCAAUCUUGUUGAGUUGGAUGCAAAUGAUGUUGUUAAUUAGCCGAGUUCUAAUGUGGGGAGAUUACGCGCUCAUGUUUUACACGGUAUUGAGGAAUAUUCUAAAGGUUCUCUUAGCAUUUGGCUUCUUGAUUUUUAGAUUCGCAUUAAGUUUAGCCGUUCUGUUUCGCGGAAACAAUCAAUUUGUCAAUUUCUGGAGUUUUAUAAAGAUAACUGUGGUAAUGAUGGGCGAGUAUGACUACGACAAGCUGUUUGAAAUUGAAGACGAUAAGAGAAAUUUUCUACCAGUCACAAGUGGAAUCGUGUUCAUGGUCUUCGUCAUGCUGGUUCUCUUAGCAUUUGGUACCUUAAUUAUUGGAUUCGAAGUAAGUUUUGCCGUUUUAUUUCCCGGAAACGAUGAUUUUAAGAAUUUCUGGAGUCCUUUAAAAACAACUGUGGUAAUGAUGAUGGGCAAGUAUGAAUUCGGCAAGCUGCUUAACACUACCACCAGUCAGAACGGUGAGAGUACUUUUCUAAUGGCCCCAAGCAGAUUUCUGUUUAUCAUUUUCAUCAUGAUCGCCAGUACUGUUCUGAUUAAUCUCGUAAUCGGUCUGGUGACCAGCAAAAUUCAACGAUUUGAAAAAAAGGGCUACAAAAAUCGAUUAUUGAAUCAUGUGAAAUUUUUUGCACAACAAGAAAUAUUGAUGUCACACAAAAUCUUUCCCGAAAAAUGGCUACCUUCUCGCUUAGAAGAACAACUGCUCUGGAGUUGCGAUGUUACUCCAAAUAUUACAGUGUCUCGUAACGAAUAUGAUAACUUUUUUGAUAUUUUGAACUCCAACAUUCCAGUUCAUCUAAAAGAUGCUUUAUUUCGGUUAGCCAAGAAAUCUUUCAAGGACGAUAAGUAUGAAUUGUAUAAGAUCAUAAAAUUUCAAGUAUAUUUUUCCAUGCUUCGAAAAUUGAAAUUAUGUCUAACGUAAAUUCGUAUAAUUAUGUUUUAGUUUAGCAGACAGAAACAGAAUUGGCGAGCCUUAACCCAAGUAAUACAAACUUAAAAAAAUUAAGAAUGUCUUAAAAUUGCGUGAUCUAAUAUUCAAUCUAAGUGAUUAUCCUUUCUGAAAAAAUCCGUGUUAAAUCGAUAGUCGCAGUCUCUCGAAGUUUAUUGUUGCCGCUUUUCCAAAAUGCUCAUUGGUUCUCGCGUUGUGCUUACUUCGUGAGCUGCUGUCAUCGUGGAGAUUGCGUUUUGACAGUUGUAGUUUUAACUACGUUAUAGCUGCGCGCGCACGCGUGUGUGUGUGUGUGUGUGUGCGUGUGUGUGCGCGCGUGCGUGUGUGCGUGUGUAAUACUAAGUAUACUAAAUUAAAAAUGGGAAAAAAU